UGACUCUCCAAUUUUUCGAGAAACUCCACAUUCCCUUCACCCUCGCAUCAUCAACACCACAAACGCACAUGCUCUUGCUGUCACUGCUGUUGUGUCUGGCUUGCCAUAUACACUUCACAAAUGCUCAAGACAUUGCAACCAGUUUAUACCCAUAUAUUUACACAGAUCUCGGUACCUGGCCAUGCGUACGAUUACUGAAUGCCACGGGAUCUGUAGGCUGUCAAUCCACCUCGGGUACAAAUGGUAUUCUGUAUCAGCUGAAUACCCAAGAUGAUAUUGAGAACUUCAACCAGAACAUACCAACGUCUUGGGAGCAAUGGGUCGUCGUUAUACCCUAUGGCCUAUUAACACCGUCGAACAUACAAACUCUCGAAUCGUCCAAACGACUGAGUGGUGUCAUAGCCAUUAUCAAUUCUACUGCUACGCCUGGAAGCCCUUCUCGCCCUUCAUCUUACUCACCCGAAUCCAAAUGCCCCAACUGCGAAUUUGGCUUAUACGCUAAUGAUGCCGAUCAAUAUACCUGGAAUCCAAACGGAAAUUCUAUGAUCUACGAGCCAAUCAAUAUCCCCAUCUUUGCUCUCGAUCCUAUUGAUGUACUGUCCGCCACUGCUUACCGGCAAAUAAUGGAGAAUUUAAAUUAUAAUAUUGAACAAAACUACAGGAACUAUCCACUGCGCGCCGUUGAUUUUAGUCUGUUCAUGUGGGCGGCUGUUGAUUCGGCAACGUGUCUACGAAGAGGUUGGUGUUUCCCCGUUGGUGGUAGCUCAGUGUACUCAACUCCAUCUCCAAAUCUUACUGGUAACGAUGGAAAACCCAUCAUUAUCGUAAGCGCAACCAUGGAUAGUCGAUCUGUGUUCCAUGACCUGACUCUGGGUGUUGAAAAUGAUAUUUCUGGAAUGGUUGCUAUGUUUGCUGUUGCUGAUGCUCUCAGCAAGUCCCCCACAUCUGUUGCUUCAUUUCCUAAACACAUCGUCUAUACACUUUUUAAUGGAGAAGCAUGGGGAUACUCUGGGUCCCAGCGAUUUGUAAACGACAUUAGCACGCCUUUCCAGUGCCAAAAUAUAACUGGAACCAACACUUGUCCCAUCAAGGGAGCUGCAUGCACGCAGCCCUGUGUCCGAGAUACAGAUUUCACCAAUAUUAAUUUUGACAAUAUCGAAUCCGUUGUGGAGUUCAGUUCCGUCGCCCAAUCGAACGCCUCUGGCAAAGGAUUUUGGGCGCAUACAGAUGACUCGACGACCAGUGGCUCGCUACUGCAAUUGUUCGUCGGCCAGGGGAAUGGUACAUAUAGUAUUCAAGACGCUGCAUCCGAUGGUGUGCAUCGGAAGCUACCUCCAAGCAGUGCUCAAAGCUUUUUGAAGAAGAAACGAUCCAUUGCUUCAAUCGUCCUAUCCGACUUUCACACAUCCCUUGAUGGAUAUUAUCAUAGUGACUACGACGAUACGCUUGAUCUAGCAACGGCGUCCAGUGCAAUAUGUAGUCUGGCUAGUUCUGCAGCUAGAUCAAUUUGGCUCUCUGCUCAGGGGCUCAACAAUGGCACCGUACCCUCACAAGUCACUGCAGAUUGCAACCUCGUUGCAUCUCUCCUCGAUUGCAUGACUCAAAAUUACUCGUGUUCCCUUAUACAACAAUAUUAUGGUGUAAAUAAUGCGGCGAGAAUUAGCCACUACUCUUCGGUGUUCUCAUUUGGAGGCGUUUCACUUUUAUCCCUGUUUGCAUUUAAUUUCUUGGGUGACAAAAAUGGUGUCAGGCGUAUGAAUGGCACCUCACCCGCCAGUUGUCAAUCCAUAACUGAAUGUCAGGCCCAUGAGUACUGUAUUCGGGGGACUUGCGUUUCGACCUUGACCCGAUACCACGACGCUUACGGUGCCGGAAUCGGGUAUAACUACGGGACCGGGCUGUUUGAUGUGAUUGACGAGUCGGCACCCACCUGGACCGAGAGCACUUGGAACCCUCCGUCCAUGCGAGUUUAUACAGUCACUUCUACUCGCCACCAGGUUGUUGAACUAGUCAUUGGGAUCCUUUGGCUGGUUAGUAGCAUUAUCAUUGUAUUGUAUCUUAAACGAUAUUUAAAAAAAACAUUGAAGAUAGCAUGAUGUACCAUCAUGUUAAUGUAAUAAAAAUUAUAGUUCUUUUACAAGCUUAGCAAAACAA